CCCUGGUCCAGCCGGUUAAUUUUUUGCAGAAGCGCUGGACAGAAAACUGGAAGAAAACGGCAUAAAGCAAAGUUUAAAUAACAAACACAAUUGUAAAUAAUCAGUUAAACUAAGAACCAUUGUUGAAAAAUCAUCUUUCAACGUGUAAACAACCGUUUUGGGAGAUAGGAUAGUCGAACAGAUUUCUCUCGGGCUGUGUGUAUAACAAAAUGGCGUCCUCGCAAGUCUCAAACAAAUCGGGCUCCGGAUGGCCGCGCCGCGGAAGCCAAGGCCAAGCGGAUGCAGUCAGCAGCAACAACAACGGCACCCAAAAGUACACCAACCAGGCGCUGACCAUCAAUCGCACCAUCAACCUAUACCCCUUGACCAACUACACAUUCGGCACCAAGGAGCCGCUCUUCGAGAAGGACCCAUCGGUGCCAUCGCGAUUCCAGCGAAUGCGAGAGGAGUUUGAUCGGAUCGGAAUGCGGCGAUCCGUCGAGGGAGUGCUUCUUGUCCACGAGCACGGACUGCCACAUGUCCUGCUCCUACAGCUGGGCACCACAUUCUUCAAACUGCCCGGUGGAGAGCUUAACGCUGGAGAGGAUGAGGUCGAGGGUCUGAAGCGACUGCUCUCCGAGACGCUGGGUCGUCAGGACGGCGUGAAGCAGGAGUGGAUUGUCGAGGACACCAUUGGGAACUGGUGGCGGCCGAACUUUGAGCCACCACAAUAUCCGUACAUUCCGCCGCACAUCACCAAGCCCAAGGAGCACAAGCGUCUCUUCCUUGUCCAGCUACAUGAAAAGGAUACGGACGGGAACGCCAGUUACGAUGUACCCUGAGCUGUUCCAUUAGCGCCGUGUGUGUCGUAUCUACCCAACUCAACUCUCAAGAGUGCAAUGCCAUAGAACAACAAUCGAGCAAACAGAACAUAUCAAACAGAAAAGAAACAAACAGAUCGCAAAGCGGGCGCAGGCGACCAUCUUAGAUAGUUUUGAUUCUAGUCCAAUUGUACAACAUGUCUCAAGUUUAAAUUCGAAUUGUAUAUUUGCUCAGGACUGCGUGUUGGCAUAUUUUGUUGUUUCCGACUCUUGUCAUUCGAAAUUCAAUGAUUGUUCUUGUAUUUAAUUUUGUAAAUAUGUCGACAUUAUUGUGAGACUGAGCGCAGACAUGUUAUCCUUCUAUUUACAUAUUUAUUUAUCUCCUAGCUUCUACUCUUACUUUUGUCAAGUGUCAUGUGUUGUUCAUCUUAAGGUUGUUGUGUAUUUACUCAAUUCAAUCCUCCGGGCAGGCAGCAGAGAGCAUUGUAACGUUGCUGGCUGUCGCAGUUAUGCGCCCAAAUCUCGCGUGUUUUGCAGAUUUGCGUGCAUGAAGGACAGCCAAGUCGCCAGUCGGUCCUUAAAUUAAGCACUCGUUUAUGUAAACACAAGCAAAAUACUCUGUUUAUACUUUCCAUUGGCCCAUAUUUCCUAAUGCUUACGACUUUGUUGUGCGUUGAACUGAAUUAAAGCAUUUCAGCGCACAAAUCAAACCGCACAUAUCAUGUAUAAUGUUGCUCUUAAUUGAAAUUAUGUUCAUAUCUGAAAUUAGGAGACUUCGCUGGUCCAGCAAAGUGACAUUCUUCUUUGCAAGUCGCAGCGAACUCUAGUAAUUAGUCUAACGAAUCCAACUAUGAAUGUAUAACAUAACGCAUACGUCUCUUUUUAUAACAUACGACAGCGAAAUGAUUUUGAAUAUGUAAAUUGUACAACCGAUUGUAAUACCCUUAGAUAAUAUAUUCUGCGAACUUGAA